CCCUUGCGAUUAUGUCAACGUAGGAGGCUGGGUGGGUUUGUCAGUGUUUCUCUAAAUUCUGAUAACGUACAGGUCCUCCUGUCGGGUAUGUUAGCACACGUGUCACCAGCUUUGGUAGAAGCGUGGCGAAAUGGAUGUUAUGUAUAAAUAGCAGCUUGACCGUCCAAUUUCGACUUAGCCUGAAUAUAUAAGAACUGACUUCAUUGCUCUUAUAUUACCCUUACGUAGUUUGCGCUCUGGAUUCAGUCGCACUUGCUCAUCAUGGAUCCACAGCAUGAUUCAACCACAUCCAGCGAGAUAAGCAGUCAAAAUGACAAAGAGGUAGAAGAAGGUGGCUCAAACGUGAACACUGAAAUUGAUCCGGAAGCGGAGAAAAAGCUAUUACGAAAAUUGGACUACACAGUGCUACCUAUUCUCUGUUGGCUCUACGUACUUACCUUCCUCGAUCGCAUCAAUCUUGGCAAUGCACGUAUCGCAGGGCUGGAGGCUAGUCUGGGCAUGUCUGGGAAUGACUAUAAUGUCGCUACAUGCGUAUUCUUCGUCACAUAUUGCAUCUUCGAGCUUCCAAGCAACAUCGUUAUGAAGUAUGUUGCACCUUCAACUUGGAUGGCUCUACUGGCCUUCCUCUGGGGGACGGUGACGGUCUUGACAGGUAUAGUCCAGAACUACUCUGGCCUCAUCGCAUGCAGAAUCUUUCUCGGCCUAUUUGAUGCAGGUUUUAUGCCUGGCGCGGCGUAUCUGAUGUCGAUGUACUACAAACGGCACGAACUCUCGAUCCGUUUCAACACGUUCUUUGCCGCGAGCGUGUUUGCGGGUGCCUUCGGAGGGCUUCUUGCGUAUGGCCUCACGCAAUUAGAUGGUCGUGCAGGUCUCGAAGGAUGGCGCUGGAUCUUCAUUGUAGAAGGACUUAUAACGGUGGUUACCGCUUUCGUUGCCAAAUAUUUCGUCGCCGACUGGCCGCAACAGAACCGUUUUCUCUCCGCCGAGGAAAAAGCUUUGCUCGCUGCGCGACUAGCUCAGGAUAACAAGGGCGCUGGAAUGGAGCGUCUUGAUAAAAAGGCUGUCAAGCGCAUAUUCACAGAUUGGAAGAUUCCAGUCGCCAUUUGCAUGUACAUUCCGUUCUCAAGCAACAACUACUCUCUCGCCAUCUUCAUACCUACCAUACUAAACAGCAUGGGAUACCACCAGACGAGAGCACAAGUCCUCUCAAUUCCAAUCUAUGUCGCAGCAUGUACAGUGUGCAUUAUUGUUGCGUUCUGCUCUGACAAAACUCGACAUCGCUACGCAUAUAUCAUGGGAGGGCUCAUGUUCUCUGUGAUCGGGUUUGCCAUUCUAUUAGCUCAGAGCACGUCGCUGGGGGUGCAGUAUAUGGCUAUCGUCUUCGCUGCCUGCGGUGGCUACACAGCUCACCCGCUAGUUGUGACGUGGCUGACGAACAAUAUGGGAGGGCGCUACAAGAGAUCGUUUGGCACAGGGCUUCUGCUUGGGUUUGGAAAUGCUGGUGGUAUCAUUGCAAGCAACAUCUUUAUUGAGAGUGAGAGGCCUCGGUAUCUUGUAGGGUAUGGUGUGUGUCUGGCUGUUGCAAUAUUUUCCGCUGUGAUGAGUUCUGUAUUCAUUGUAGGUCUGAGGAGGGAAAAUAGGAAAAGGGAUGCCGGAGGGAGAGACUACAGGUUUGAGUUUGUGAAAGAGGAGCUGGAGAAUCUUGGUGACUCGCAUCCGGAGUUCAGGUUUGUCUACUGAGUGACUUGGCCUGUUAUGGUUUUUUGAAAAUUAAAUCCGUUACCAAAUCCAAGAAUUGAUAUUGGACCGUGCCUAUUCUUCAAGAGUCCGAGAA